AUGAAGACUCUAUUUAAAUCUCAAGAUCUUUGGGAUUUAAUAGAUAAAGGUUUUAACGAUGAGGAUGCCGAUGAAGGUCAAUUAAAGGAGAACAUAAAGAAAGAUUUGAAGGCACUGUUCAUUCUUCAACAAGUAGUACAUGAGACGAUUUUCUCAAGAAUUGCAACUGCCUCAUUUUUCAAAGAAGCAUGCGAAAUAUUGCAGAAAGAACUCCAAGGCUCCUCCAAGAUGAUAGCAGUGAAACUCCAGACUCUCGGAAGUGAGUUUGAGGCCUUGCUUAUGAAGGGUAAUGAAAUUUUACAAGACUUUUUAUCUAGAGUAAUUUUGAUUAUCAGUCAAAUGAGAUUUUAUGGAGAAAAGAUCACUGAUGCAAUUAUUGUUUCGAAAGUUUUGCGAAGUUUGACUCCUAAAUAUGAUUACAUAGUAACUAUGAUCGAGGAGGCAAAAGAUCUCUCAAUUUUACCUUUUGAUGAACUAAUGGGUUCUUUGCAAGCUCAUGAGGCAAGGCGAAAUAUAUCCACUGAGAAGAAUGAAGAAAAGGCAUUUCAGGCUUCUCAAGUGAAGGGGGAGAUAGAAAAAAAGGAAGACUUCGCUAGCAAGGGCCAUGGAAGAGGAGGUUUUCAUGGUAGAGGACGUGGUAAAGGAAGAAACCAUUUUAAUGUACAAGAGAAGCAAUUUAAAGAGGAUCAAAAAUGGAAUAAAAAUUGCAUUCAGUGUUAUGGCUGCAAAAGAUUUGGGCAUAGGCAAAUUGCAGAAAUGGCUCACAAGCAAACUAUGUGA